AUGUCCUCCAUUGCUGCCCGCCGUCUCUUUUCUACCAGCGCUCGCCGCAUGAGCGAUGCCCUCAAGCAGGACACCAAGCGCAACCCCGAGACCAUUAUCCUCGGUGGUCUCAUGGUCGCUGCUCUCGGCGGUGCUGGCUACUAUCUCGGCCGCAACCCUACCAACGCUACUUCCGAGAACCCCGUUCACAUUGCCAAGGACGGUAUGCCCUGGGAGUCUGAGGGUGCUGGCAAGUACAAGUACCAUCCCGGCGGCGAUGCCCGCUCCGAGCCCCGCGACGCUCCCAGCGCCUUGAACGUUGUCAUUGUCCCCAAGGUGACUCUCCCCAAGGAGAUGCACGACAAGUACAACAAGUAUGGCCGCGAGUAA